CAGUUCACAUAAAGGAAACAUUAGGACUUGUGGCAACACCCUUCAAGAAUAAAAAAAGUUAGAAAAUGGGACCACCAUAUGUGGUAUGUGAGGAAAAACAAGAGCCAGGACCACAGAAGAGCAGAGAAGAAAACAAACAAGUAGAUGAAGAUGCUGAGCUGAUCUUUGUUGGGGUGGAACAUGUAAAUGAAGAUGCUGAGUUGAUCUUCGUUGGGGUGACUUCACAUGCAAAACCAGUCGUUUCCCACAUCUUGAACAGAGUCACCCCGGGUUCGUGUUCAAGGAGAAAAAAGUAUGGUAAGCUCAGAAAAGAUACUGCUCACAAAUUGCAGCCUGUAAGUCAUGUGACCCGUACAUCCGAAGCAGUGACUGUCUUGCCAAUUCCUGAGCCUGAAUCAAGAUUAACAGAUAGUCCUAUUAUUAUUGAGCCUUUGUCUGAACCUGAUUAUAGAAGUAAUUCACCACAAGUUGUGCCUAAUAGCUCUUCAGAGUUAUGUUCUCCUUUGAUUACAUUCACAAGUUCAUUGCAGCAUCCAGUGGGAUCAGCACUUUCUGUCGGAGGUCUGAGUAAAAGUCCUGGUGCAUCAAAGCGACUUUGCACUUCUGAAGUAAACAGCAUAAAUCCAAAAAGGCCUAAACUCAGUGACAAAAUCACAGGGGGACAGUCUUCAGUUGUGUCCUCUUCAGGAAUCUUUCAUACAAUGAUUCCUCAGCGAAGCACACCCUCAAAUGGUGUUCAUACCUCAUUAAGCCCUAUUCAGAACGGAGCACUUUUCCCAGCAGCUUUUCCAAAGGACAAAGUCCAUUUCAAGACUAUAAAUCCUGUUGGAGAAAAUAGACGGACAAAAACAGAUCUUUUGAGCCUAGCAAGUCAAAACAAAACUGACGAUCUCAAGAAAGGAAAUCUGAUUGUGUUACUUCAUGACUUUUACUAUGGACAACAUCCAGGAGAUAGGCAGCCAGAACAGAAGACUCACACAACCUUUAAAUGCUUCAGCUGCAGGAAAGUUCUAAAAAAUGUCAAGUUUAUGAAUCACGUGAAGCACCAUUUGGAACUUGAGAAGCAGGGAGAUGACAACUGGAAAAACCACACCACCUGCCAGCAUUGCCACCGGCAGUUUCCCACUCCCUUCCAGCUGCAGUGUCACAUUGAAAGUGUGCACACAGCGCAGGAGCCCUCCGCGGUCUGUAGAAUUUGUGAAUUGUCAUUUGAAACAGAUCAGGUUCUCUUACAGCACAUGAAGGACAAUCAUAAGCCUGGCGAAAUGCCCUACGCGUGCCAGGUUUGCAAUUACAGAUCGUCGGCCUUUGCUGACGUGGAAACACAUUUCAGAACCUGGCAUGCAAACACUAAGAACCUGCUUUGUCCAUUUUGUCUCAAAAUUUUCAAACUGGCAGCACCCUACAUGUAUCAUUAUAGAGGACACUGGGAAAAGUUUAUUCAUCAGUGUUCCAAAUGCCGGCUGCAGUUUCUAACUUUCAAGGAGAAAAUGGAGCACAAGACCCGGUGUCAUCAAAUGUUUAAGAAGCCUGAGCAACUGGAAGGAUUGCCUCCUGAAACUAAAGUUGUUAUUCAGGUAUCACUGGAGCCUCUUCAACCAGGGUCAGUGGAAGUAGCAUCCAUUAUUGUGAGCACAUCUGAUUCUGAACCAUCACCUUAGACCUAAAAGUAGAAUUAAAACAACAACAACCGUUAAUCCCAUUUUCAGGAAAUCUAAAGCAAGUACUUUAAUGAAAGUGAGAAACCUCAUAAAUAAAAAUAUACAAAACGUUAGUAGCUUAAAAAUAGUGAAACCAAUGGGUCAUUUAUGAGUUUUUUUUAUAAAAUUCAUCAAAUUCAGUAUUAUUUGAUACGAGUUUUGAGAUGUUGUUUAAAAAAUGUAUUAACUGCUUUUUAUGUGACUCUAUCUGGCUUAACACAAAAGGUGCUUGUGUAUGUAUAUGUAUGUGAAAGAAAAGCCAGAAACCUAUUUAUUAUUUUUCUAUUUCAUGUUACUUGUGGGUGUGAAAUCUCUUUUUUCUGUAUAUAGAAUCUGUAGAGUUACAUGCCUUGAAGAUUAUAAUAUUAACUCUAGUCAGACUGGACUGGCUUUGGUGUGGCAUGGUCCUGUUUACUGCUGAAGUCCCAGAAGUGCCUCUGUUUUGCAGGCCUAAAGUAACCUGCCUCUGAACAUCUGGGUGUGGAGAAGUUGAGGGAGAAGCUGUGGCAUGAAUGGGACCAGGAAGUGGGAGGUUAGUCAAUGGAGAGCUGAGGCGCUUUUUCCCAGUGGAGAGAGCGGCACACACUCACUUGUCUUAGAGCCAAGACAGAAGGAAUACUGUGUCAGUGUCGUUAUCCCACCCAAGCACAUCCAAAGAGGCAAAGUCAUUACAAUAAAAUGCCUAUGUUUGGUGAGGGGCCCCUGCAGACAUCAGCCAACCAGUGUAUCAUUGGCUUAAGCAGAGGGAGCGAAUAGAAUGGGGCCUGGUGCCAGUGGGCCUCUUGUUGAGUGACCCACAAGGAGAUUCAAUUUGUUCCCUCCCCUCCUUUCUGGCUGGCCUUUAGUCAGAAUGAGCUAUGUCCCUUACAGCCACAGCAGUAAAGAAGUCAAGUUUCCCAUGACAAAGAAGCACUGACAUCCAUAGUUUGAACUGUACUGGACCCAUAAUUUUAACUGAAAAGGGCCAAAUUGUAUCUGUCCAGUUCAUGGGCUGAGCUCAGUUUAGUUCUCUAACGGUUAAGCUGGAAUGGGCAUUGCCCAAGAACAGUAGGUACAGUGGCUACAAAUAGCCCAGGUGACUUACUAAAAUAAGCUUGUUAUAGGGCUUUUCCAUGUAUUUUUUAUUCUAAUUGAACAUGUGAAGUUUGCAGUUUUGUAUCUUGCCUUGUUGGGCAUGAAUGUAUUACAGUUAAAAGUUAUUAUUGUCUUGUGUGUGUAAUUUCCCAUUUCAUGAUUAAUACCUUUUGGGUCUUGACACAUUCCAAUGUGCAAGUAAUGUUCCUUUUAUUUUAAUAAGUAUUAGGUCGUAGAGUUAUUGCCCUUCAUCUAAUCUGUCCACCUAUCUAUUAUGUGAAUAUACUAUAAGGAGACCUUCCCCUGCCAUUUCCAAGGGUCCUUUCACAGAACUGUGGAAUACUCCCUGAGUUUGAUUUCUGAACAUUGGCGGCCUUGGCUGCUUCUGUGGGUUCCCAGGGUUGAGUUUCCCUCAGUAUAUUCUAGUGCCAUC